AUGGACAACGCCGGCUGGCAUGCUCAGCGUCGCGCCAGAAAAGAAAAUGAGGCGUACCUGCGCGAGUACCGCAACUCCGCCGCCGCUGGCCACACUCUGGCCCACGACGAUGUCGGCCCCAUCGAAGAAAGCUUCAUCGGCGGAUACAGACAUCAUCCACCGCCUUCACCGCUUCCUCCUGCUCUGCCGCCAAAGGACUUCCCGUAUACACACCCUCCACACCCUCAGCCGAGUCAGACAACCGUCUCAACUUCACAGCUCACCCACAUGACCGCUGUUGAGCGCUCGCAGACCCUUCGUGUUGCCCGUAUGGAUCCUCAUCUCCAGUUCAUGUGUGGGCCGCUUCUCAAAUACGACACCAUUGACGAGCACGGAAUCUGGCACGGUGCAGCCCUUAUUGUCACCGCCGACAGCGGUUCCAUCUACGAGCCGCAUCCUACGCUAACCUACACCUGGGACCCCGACCAAUCCGUGCCAGAUCAUACUCCGAAUCCCAGCCAACCCAACUCUGCCAUCAACCCCACGAGUCCUUUCUCCCACCGCAGCGCAAGCAGUUCUAUCCAGUCUCCUAGCAGCCCACCGCGGUCAAGUGGCCUGCAAGGUCUUCACAGCGCCACGUCUUACGAGCUAGGACCUCACCCCGCCGACCCACACUCUACAGUCCUUCCCGCCUCGCCGACGGUUUCUGCCUUUUCCGUGCCGAGUUACCCUUUUAGCCCAGGACGCCGCCAGGAAGGGUCCAACGGCCAUGGGAACGGCUCCUUUGGCGCAGACGGCGGGUAUGGACCAAACACCUGCAGCGAAAAGGUUCUGGGCCAGGAGCUAUGGGUGUACGGCGGUCAUGGAGGAACGUUCACCUUCUGGCGCUUCCUGAUCAAAGUCCCGCUCUCUGACCACGAGAUGGCGAUCAAGUAUUCGAUCAACAAUGGCCAGCAGUUGGAGUUUUGGGUGCCCGGGAGGAUGCAGAAUAUGCGUUGGGCUGCCCAUUCCUGCAACGGAUUCUCGGCGGGCGUGAACCCAGAUGACUUUCGCGGGCCAGGGUUCAAGUCUGGCUACGACCCCGUUUGGAUGGACCUCCUCUCCAAGCACUCAGAGACGCCAUUCCACGCGCUCGUAGGCGGAGGCGACCAGCUCUACUGCGACUCACUAAUGCGCGAACCGGAAAUGCAAGACUGGGUCUCGAAGAUGAAGCCUGAGGAGAAGAAAACUUAUCAGCUCUCCACCGAGAUGGAGCUCGCCAUCGACCGCUUCUUCUUCAACCACUACUGCCAGGCCUUCCGAACCGGCGCCUUCGCGCGCGCGAACUGCUCAAUACCCAUGCUCAACAUGUGUGAUGAUCACGAUCUUAUCGACGGCUUUGGGAGUUAUCCUGACGACUUGCAACGGGCGCCUGUGUUCCGACAAAUUGGUGCAAGAGGAUAUUUCUUCUUCCUUCUUUUCCAAUGCUUCAUCAAUGUGGAAGUCGACGGCAUUCAAGAUAUCCCAGGCAAACACGUCUACCAAUCUCUCAUCAUCGGCGAACCAGGCCCAUACGUCCGCUUCCCCUCGCACUCCUUCCUUCCACGUCUCGGGCCUCAAGUCUACAUGCUCCUCCUCGACUGCCGCGCCGAACGCAAAAAGGAACAAGUCUGCAGCACAGGGCAGUACCAACGCGUCUUCGACCGGAUAAACAACCUCCCCGCGGGUGUCGAGCACCUCGUCGUGCAGCUGGGCAUCCCAAUCGCGUAUCCGCGCAUGGUGUUCCUGGAGACGGCGCUCGAGAGCAAGUUCAACCCGCUCGUUGCGCUAGGAAGGAAUGGAACGCUGGGGCUGAGCGGCUUCGUGAACAAGUUCAAUGCGGAGGCGGAGCUUUUGGAUGAUCUUAAUGACCACUGGACGGCACGAAGUCACAAGAAAGAGCGUAACUGGCUCAUCGAGCAGCUGCAGAACUUUGCGCGCAUUAAGCGGAUCCGCGUGUCUUUCUUGUCCGGCGAUGUGCAUUGCGCCGCGGUCGGCGUACUCAAGACGCUCAAAGUCAAGGGCAAGCCCGAGCUUCAACCACUAGCGGAUUUCAGGUACAUGGUCAACGUUGUUUCGAGUGCGAUUGUCAACACACCACCGCCGAACGGAGUGAUAACGAUGGUCUCCUCUCUCGCUACCAAAGUACACAAGACUCUACACUCAAUCGAGACAGACGAAACAAUGAUGCCGAUAUUCAGCGUGGAACCGCAUAACCAGCAGCCGCGGAAGCAAAAAUUCAUUAUGGGCAAGCGCAACUGGUGUCGCGUGGAGUGGGAUGGGCAGACGGGGGAGGUGAUGUUUGAUAUUAGGGUCGAGAAGGAGAAGGGGUAUGGUGUUACCUAUGGGUAUCCCUUGCGUGUACCUCCUCCCGGGUGGUAG